UCACGUCAGAAGCAGCGGCGUCGCUCCCUGCCCUUCAAUGCUGGAGUUGUUCCUCACAUGCUUUAAGUUUCAGCUUUAGGACUCAUCACGUCCGCUGUCUCUCGCUCGGUGUCUGUGAGCGCAGUCGCUGUAUUCGCGGUAAUGGAGUGUCGUGUGUUGUCCAUUCAGAGUCACGUUGUCAGGGGUUACGUUGGGAACAAGUCGGCAACAUUCCCGCUGCAGGUGCUGGGCUUUGAAGUGGACUCCAUCAACUCUGUGCAGUUCUCCAAUCACACAGGUUACGCCCACUGGAAAGGGCAAGUACUGACAGCAGAGGAGCUAAAUGUGCUAUACGAGGGCAUUAAGCUCAAUAAGGUGAACCACUAUGACUACAUCCUCACAGGGUACAGCAGGGACACGUCCUUCCUGGAGAUGGUGGUUGACAUCAUUCAGGAGCUGAAGAAGGCCAAUCCCAGCUUGGUAUAUGUUUGUGAUCCUGUGAUGGGAGACCAAGGUGCUAUGUACGUUCCAGAGAACCUGCUGCCAAUCUACAGGGACAAAGUAGUGCCUUUAGCCGACAUCCUCACCCCCAACCAGUUUGAAGCAGAGCUAUUAACUGGGAGGAAAAUCAACACAGAGGACGACGCUUUCAAGGUGAUGGACUUGCUUCAUAAAAUGGGUCCAGAGACCGUGGUCCUCACUAGUACAGACCUGCCUUCGAAACAUGGGGACCAGUUCUUGGUGGCCCUUGGGAGCCAAAAAAUUGUGAAACCGGAUGGGACCAGCACAAGCCAGAAAAUCUGCAUGGACAUCCCCAAAGUGGAUGCUGUAUUUGUGGGGACAGGAGACCUGUUUGCUGCCCUGUUGCUAGCUUGGACUCACCAUCACCCCAAAGACCUGAAGGCUGCCUGUGAAAAGACCGUCUCAGUUAUGCACCAUGUCAUUAAGAGGACCAUUACUUAUGCCAAUGAGAUGGCCGGCCCUGGGAAAAGACCCAGUCCUGCACAGCUGGAGCUGAGGAUGGUUCAGAGCAAAGCUGACAUCGAGAAUCCCGCCAUUGUAAUCGAAGCAAAGGUUUUAGAGUCUUCACACUGAAGGCGGUAACAUUUUUGUGAACAUUCACAUCGUGCUGGUACAAAUCAGCUUCAUAUCUGGGCAUCAAAGACUUGUCACGUGUCUCUGCCUUACAGAAUCUCUGAGGGAGUACAACUAUGUUUUAAUUAGAGAGGUCAGCAGGAUUUGUUCUAUGUACAUUCUGCUCACACAUACUGGAAUCACUGCCAUAUGUGUCUGUACUAUGGUCUGUGUGGACAUCAUCUGCCCUUCAAAAGAAAAGGAGGACAUUAGUCAAUUAUGUUUAGGUUUAAAGAUAGUGUAAGUGUACUUGAAUCCUCCUUAACAUUGGUUAAAAUUAUUAAAAUUCAUCUUGAUUUAGCUGAAUAGAAAAUACACAAACUUAGUGAUGCAUGACCAUGCCUCUACUUGUUUAGGCUAUGAUGGUAAAAAAAUGUACUUGAAGUGUGUUGCUCACAAGGCAUUAUAAGCACAUUAAUAUAUCUAUAAUCAAAACAUAAAGUGUUAGGCCAAAAGUAGCGCAUAACGGGGCGAACAGCUGCUGGUAAGAAUACACAUAAAUUCUUUAUGAUGUGAGAUUCAGAACAUUUUAAUGCAUUGAGAGUUUCCUGAUGAAAGGUUAUAAUAAAACGGUAUGAAUGCAUGCAAUGUGCUUAUGAUGUACUUUGGUGUUUUAUCAUGCACUUUAAGUUAAGUGUUACCACCUUAUACAUGCACAUUGGAUGCAUUAUAAGUGCUAUAAGAUGUGUAAAUGUCAAACAUUUUAUGUAAUUUAUAUGUAGUCUAUACAAAGCCAUUAGCCCAGUUUGUUGUUUAGCUUAAAACAAAUUACUUGUUACUUAAAUGAAAAUUGUCUAAAAAUUGUUCUUUUAAUCACUUUCCUGAAAUGUUUUUCACCUCUUUUUUUAAUUAUGCAUUGCUUUCAUGUACUAGCAGAUGUAUUACAUGUUAGAUCCAUGUCUUAAACAUAUCAAAUUGAGGUAUUUGCACAGAUAAUCUUUGAUAUAUUUACUAAUGAUCAUUGUUUUCAUUUUUAACAGUUGGCAUAUCUCAAGAGAGAGUAAGAGAGACCAUGCUGUAUAAUUAGCCUUAACAGGGUUAGGAAGAGAAACAUUGGUUGUGAAUGUUUUUGUGCACCAAUGUAAUAGCUGAUCGUCACACAUAAUAGUUGGGAAGUCAAGUGCCAAACCUUGAGCUGCUGCUCUGAUAUAGAGCAAUGUACAAACAGAAAUAAUAAAGUAUGAAUCUUUUACUUAAA